GAGUUAUUUUCACAGACUCUAAACAGUAGUCUGCCUCUCUCCGUCGCCUCUGUGGGUUGUGCGGUCCCUUUACGCGGAGAGCAUUACGCAUCACUGGACUAUAGAGCGAGGACUCCGCACUGUUUCCCUCUCAGCCCACAACUAUUUCAAUCUCUGUUCAAACUCGGACUGUUUUUGGACAGAUAUUCACUCUGCGUUUAUUGACAGCAGAAGUCUGGAGCACUCUUUCUGGGUUUUGCACGUUUUGGAUCUAUUGCUCCCGAGACGCGUUUUGAGAUGCAUGUGGGGCGCAAAUCGUGUUGGAAGCAGCUGCAGGCUUCGUUUUUCAGACUGCUCUGUCUUAUCCCUACAGGAUUCCCCGUCCGGAGUGUGGAUAUGCAGCGGGCCACCGACAACAUCACCAUCCGUCAGGGCGACACGGCCAUUAUAAGGUGUUAUGUUGACGACAAAGUGUCCAAGGUGGCCUGGCUCAAUCGAUCCAAUAUAAUCUUUGCUGGUGAGGACAAGUGGUCCCUGGACCCCAGGGUAGGCCUGGUGACUAAAGGGCAGCUAGAGUACAGCCUACGCAUACAAAAGGUGGAUGUAUAUGAUGAAGGCUCAUAUACCUGCUCUAUACAGACCAAGCAGCAGCCCAAGACCUCACAGGUUUACCUCAUCGUACAAGUUCCAGCCACAAUCUACAAGGUGUCAGAAGACAUCGUCGUGAAUGAAGGCAGCAACGUGACUCUCAGCUGUUUGGCAAGUGGCAGGCCGGACCCUCUAAUCACCUGGCGGCUGCUCAACCCCUCAGCCGAGCCGCUGGAUGGAGAGGAGUACCUGGACAUUAUAGGCAUCAUGAGAAACCAAGCGGGUCGGUAUGAAUGCAAAGCCAGCAACGACGUCGCCACACCUGAUGUCAAAUACGUCAACGUGGUCGUAAACUACCCUCCUUCAAUAAGAAAAACCCAGAGUUCAGAACCACCUGUGGGCCGCCUGGGAACCCUGCAGUGUGAGGCUGCAGCUGUUCCCACACCGGAGUUCGAAUGGUACAGAGACGACAAAAGGCUGUCUAAUACCCAGGGCAUCAAUAUCCAGAUUCUCGGCGGUAACACUAUCCUAAUGAUUGCCAAUGUCACCGAAGAAGAUUAUGGGAACUACACCUGCGUGGCCUCAAACCGUCUGGGUGCUCAGAGUGCCAGCGUUUUCCUCUAUAGACCUGGGACAGGUCGAGACAUCAACGGCUCUGCCUGUGCAUCUCUAUCACUGUGGCUCCUGUUGGCCUCCUUUGCUUGCCUUUUCUUCAAGUGUUAAUACCGCCAUCCAGCUUUGUCUCUGACCCCGCCCCCCUGGCCAACCUGUCCUCCCUCCUUUCCUGCUUUCAACUCACUGAUGUGCUUGUCGCUACCUUAUUACCAAUGCUGCCGCCUCCCUCCCGCAGACUGUUUGCAUCACGGUACAAAAACCUUAUGUGCUCUUGAGCACUCUUGAGCACGGCUUUCAGAUAUUAGAAGAAACAAUGGGUUAUGAAGGAUUUAAAUGUUUUACCAACAUAUAACAGUGGAACGAAGGACAGAAUAAGCAAACAGUGCUCUUACAAAGAUUUGUGUUGUUGUUUUUGAUCUGUAUGCACUUUUUUUGUGUCUGUAAAAUCUUGUUUUGGGGUCUUUUUUUUUUUUUAUGGGAAAAUAAGCGGAAGCAUCCCUGAAACUGGAGUACCAACAAUCAGCUCUAUGGAGUACAUCGUACUUCCUUUGAUUUCUUGUAUUAAUCUGUGGUUCAACCAGUGCAUUUAUUAAAGAUGUUUAAAAAAUUGCCAAAUAUACACGGAAAUUAGAAACUAAUGGGCUAAACGAAAGGGAAAUUUGCUGUAUCUUGUUAUUUUUUUUAGAUGAAAUAAGAGCUUUGUGUUGAAUGUGUUCAACCAUUACAUGAUGCUACUCGGCUGGAACACAAAUACAGGGCCUUAGCAAAGACGGCUCCCCGUUCAGUCGGGCUGUCACAAUCAAUCUUAGAAAAGAGGAUGCAGAGAUUGGAUCCUUCCGAGCUAAACUCAUCCGUUACGCCCUCAUCCAGUGGCUUUUGCUACUACUCGCCUUUAUUAAAAAAGAAAACCAUAAACACACACAUACAAAAAAAUAAAAUAAA